AUGUCGAGGAGACAUGACAUCCGUGGCAUUGACCACGAUGCAGGUUACGUUCUCGACGAGGAGUUUGAGGAACUGAGCGCGGGAAGCUCAGACGGAGAGGACGAGCUGGACGUCCUGCUGCACGGGACGGCCAAUCAGAAGAGGCGUCUGAUCCGACACGCGCUGAGCGGGGACGAGGGGGAGUCCAGCGAAUCAGAGGACGACUUUGAGAAGCAGAUGAACAAAGAAUUGGAUGAUGGGAUGACUUCAAAGGAAACAGAAAUGUUGCAGAUGUAUGAACAACAGAAGGCUUCAACUUCUGCAGCUGGAGGUCAAGGGUCAGGUCAAAGGUCAGUUCAAGGGUCAGCUGCUGGAGGGAAAGCAGCAGGAGCUGGCAAGACGAGUCAGCUGACAGCAGCAGAUGAGUUUUAUAACGAUAUCUACUUCGAUAGCGAUGAAGACAGUGACAACGAACAGACACAAGAUGUCCAGAAUGGGGUUAAAGGUCAGGAGGUCAAAAGUCACGAGGCCAACUUGGGGUCAGAUGGCCAGGGCAUGGCACAGAGUGAUGCAACAGACGAGAGCACAGACAGCGAGGCUGUGGGGGCUGAUGGGAAGGGGAAAAAAUGCAGGAAGAAGCAUCGAGUCAUGACGAACGAUGAGCUUUUCUACGACCCAAACAUGGACGCAGACGACGAGAAAUGGAUGACGCGACAACGGGAGAAAUACCGAGCAAUCAACGAGCAGAAGUCAAGUUUGGGGGCGGGGCCAAGCACGGGCAAACCCAAGGCACAACCAGCGCCCAACAGCGACGCGAUUCUCAACUGUCCGGCUUGUAUGACCACGCUGUGCAUCGACUGCCAGCGUCACGAACUGUACCAGACACAGUACCGUGCCAUGUUUGUACUGAACUGUAACGUCAUCCGUGCCGAGCGCCUCCGGUACCCUAAGAAGAGCAGGGGCAGUAAGAAGCAAAAGAAAGGAGUGGAACGGUUGGAGGCAGCAGAACCCGGUGCAGAAGGAGAUGACGUCUACCACCCUGUCAAGUGUGGAGUCUGUAGUACAGAAGUGGCGGUGUAUGACAAGGACGAGAUCUUUCACUUCUUCAACGUGCUUGCUAGUCACUCCUAA